CAAGAUGUCGUCGCGUUGCUCUGGAUAUGGACAACGUGAAAGGCACGACACCCACUCAAGUCGACUGGCGUGCCGAUUCGUAUUGGCGCAAUCGACGUAUCUCACCUGCGCAACUGGAAAUCCAUGAUAUUCGCCUCGAAGAACGCAGGUACGAUGCCGGCGAGAUGCUAGAAAUGCGAGAGGUUCUGCCUUCGACAUUACUUCCAGAUCUUGAAAAAAGAGAGCGUCUAGCAAGUAGUCUGCCAGUCGAAGAUGUGACAAAGAAUAGGAACGAGCAAGUUCACCUCAAGCAAUUGGCAGCAGAAUUUGGUUGGAUGAACUGCUUGCGAAGCGACAAAGUCCAAGAAUCAAUUCUGGACCCGCAAGAUCAGAGGAAAUGCCGGUGGAUACACAUAUCCAGCAAGUUCUCGGACUACCUUUCAGGAUGUCUACUUGCGCUGUCGGAUUGGAGUAAAGAUCCGUACAAGAUUGUGGCUGCUCUUCAUCAAUUGGAUCAUUGUGUAAACCAGCAAGAGCGCUUUUCCAAACAUGGAAGAUAUUUCGCGCCCUUUUUUCAACGUUUGGCUGGUGAUGAACAUGCAAUGGAAGAUGGUCCGAUGCUGCUAAGUGUCCCAUUUCUGGACUGGACCGUUGAAGGGAAACCACCUCCUCUGAGAUUUCAAGUAGAUCCAAGAGAAGGUUAUCAGUCGUCAAGAAGCUCACCGCAUCUUUUGAGAUCAGUCUUACAGCACUUCUAUCGCCUCGAGGAUACGGACGAUCGCGAAUCUCAACAGGUAUUUACCAAGCAUAAGCCGUGGCUCACGGAUCGCAACUUGGAUCUGAAAGUCCGUCGGUGGUAUGGGCACUAUCCUACGAGUCUUAAUGUAGACGAACUUUGGAUUCUGGUUGUAGAUGCGCGACACGUCGUAACGUUUUCCAGCAAUCAAUCUUGGAAGUCGCGCUGGCCGCCACUUCAACUCUCCGCAAGAAUCAUGGAAAUAUCUUUUCGCGGUAUUCGCAACGCCUACGUUAAUACUACUGGCAAACAAGACUACACUUCAUCAAUACAUGUCGUCGCCGCUCUGAGCGGAGCACUUGGAAUGCUGCAUCGUACCUUCUGGUCAGAUAUUACUCUUUGCUUAUCGGAUAGAUAUGCCAGCUAUCUCGGUCACCUUCAAUAUCGCCUCCAUCGCAACCCUAGUACAAAACUCGUAAUGGACUUACUGCAGGUUCAAGAGGAGCUCAACAUAAUCAUCUCCAUUAUGGAGCAGCAGAUCGCACUCGUCACCAGUUUGCAGGACGACACAGAACAAUGUCAACAAUGUGAGUCAAGGAGGAUAGGGCAAUCAUUUACAUGGACAUGUUCAGUCGAAUUCUCAUGA